UCGUCAUCGCUGGCGAAGUGAAUGGUGGCCGAGAAAAAGUCGCGUCGUAGGUGCGCCCUGGUCGCAUAGCUGUUGCUGCUGCUGCCCCUGCUAGCAAUUUUAGGAAACUCUAUGCUGCUAGCUACCCUACCACUGCGUCGAGUCGUGUGCCGUACGUCGAUCGGUGUUCAACGAAGAGGUGCUGGUGCGUCAGCGACAGCCAACGGCGCAGCAACGAGGGAGGCUCCCGCGAGCGCUGUGUGUUGACAUAGAGUAGCUCGCGCGCCGUGGAUGAUGUUGAACUAAGCCGAGACACACGGACAAAUCUGGGCGUGCAGCAAGAUGCCGUUUCUCGGGGCAAGUUCUGCGUUCCAGCAGGAUGUUGAGAAGGCCACGAGCGAGCGCAACACCAGUGAGGACUGGGCGCUCAUCCUUGACAUCUGUGACCGGGUGGGUGCUGUGCAAGGGGGCCCCAAGGACUGCCUGCAGUGCAUCAUGCGCCGCAUGAACCACACCAUUCCGCAGGUGGCUCUGCAGGCACUCACACUGCUGGAUGCAUGUGUAAAGAACUGUGGCAAGAUCUUUCACUUGGAGGUGUGUUCUCGAGAGUUUGAGUCUGAGUGCAAGAAGCUUCUUUCCAAGGGCCACCCACGUGUGGUGGAGAAGAUGAAAGGCUUGCUGAAGAAGUGGGCCCAGGAAGACUUCAGCAAGGACCCCCAGCUCAGUCUCAUUCCAUCCCUCUAUUCCAAGCUCAAAGGAGAUGGCGUUGACUUUGGGUGUGAGGGAGCGUCGGAUUCUCAGCCAUCGGAGCAGUCGGUGUCUCGUACUUCCACAAAGCAGCAGGAAGAGCAAGACCUGGCCAGAGCAAUUGAGCUGUCGCUGAGGGACUCUCCCCCAAAGAACAGUGUUACUGGCGGGGGAGGAGGGCUGUACCCCCGUGCCCCAUCGCCUGUCCUCUCUCCCGAGAGCAACUCUUCUUCAGCUGUGGUGCAAGGGGUGCCCCGUGAGCCACGCAAGGUCCGAGCCCUGUAUGACUUUGAGGCUGCUGAGGACAACGAGAUCACCUUCAAGACGGGCGAGCUACUGCUUGUGCUCGACGACAGUGAUCCUAACUGGUGGAAGGGCUCCAACCACCGAGGAGAGGGCCUUUUUCCCGCAAACUUUGUCACUGCAGACCUUGAAGAAGGCCACCCUCCCGAACCGGAAGUGCAGCCUGAACCAGAGGCCUCCGUCACAGAGCCAGAACCGUUGCGUGUCGACCCUGCCCAAAUUGACGAAACCCUUCAGCGGUUGCAUGACGCGAAUCCUCGAAGUGGCCAGCCCGAUCCUCCAGAACUGGUUGCCUUGGAGGAGCGCUGUGCAGGAAUGGGCCCCUUGAUAGAGCAGGAGCUGGAACGCAUUGACCGGCGGCAUGCAUCUCUGGUGGCAGCAAGUCGGCAGCUGACCGACGCCUUCACACUCUACCAUAGCCUGAUGCGUGCCCCCCCACCGCCAUCACAGGCUGCUCUACCUAUGCCUUAUGGCCCUGUUGGUGAGGGAGCUGCCUGCGGAGUGCAGGAUCCACGAGGCAACAUGGCAGCUGGCCUGCUUCCACAGAUGCCCAUGUCUCCACAAUUCUCGGGGGCUGUCAUUCCAGCAACCAGCAUGGCCGGCCAGGGAGCGCCGGCGACACCAGUGGGCUUUCCACUGCUCUGACCCCCAAGUCUAGAGCAAGAUUGAUUGCGUUCAGAGGAAAUAAAUUGCUCCUCACCCAAGCACUUGCCUGGGUGAUGAUAAAGUGCACACGCCACUUUGGUUUCUUUGCCCGUAGCCUCGAGGUUUUUUAAAGGAAAGUGUUUCAGACCACUUGAUAAUAAUAAACUCAGUGUGAAAUUGUCA